AUGCUAUCUAGAUUAUGUGGAAAAACAAUACAUAAUGGAAGUACAGAUAAAUGUGUUUCUUUAUUAAAUAAGAUUCAAAAAAGAAAUGUAGCUAAAGAUAUUCGAUUUGGGAGUGAUGCUAGAACAGCUAUGCUAAUAGGUUGCAAUAAACUAGCGGAUGCUGUUAGUGUUACUUUAGGGCCCAAAGGAAGGAAUGUAAUAAUUGAGCAAUCGUUUGGAUCACCAAAAAUAACAAAAGAUGGUGUAACAGUUGCAAAAAGUAUUGAAUUUAAUAAAAAGCUAGCAAAUCUCGGAGCACAAAUGGUUAAACAAGUUGCAGCAAAUACAAAUGAUAAGGCAGGUGAUGGUACAACAACAGCUACAAUUUUAGCUAGAUCGAUUUUUCAACAAGGAUGUAAAGCAGUAGAUUCAGGAAUGAACCCAAUGGAUCUAUUAAGAGGAAUAAACAAGGGAGUAGAAAAAGUUUUAGAAUAUUUAAAUUCAAUAAAAAAAGAUGUAACAACAACAGAAGAAAUAUUUAAUGUAGCAAGUAUAUCAGCUAAUGGUGAUAAAAAUAUUGGACAACUUAUUGCUGAUACUAUGAAAAAGGUAGGGAAAGAGGGAACUAUAACAGUUACUGAAGGAAAAACAUUACAACAUGAAUUAGAAAUUGUAGAAGGUAUAAAAUUUGAUAGAGGUUAUAUAUCUCCAUACUUUAUUAAUAAUAGUAAAGAUCAAAAAGUAGAAUUAGAUAAACCAUAUAUACUUAUACAUGAAAAAAAAAUAUCUAGUGUCAAAUCUUUAUUACCAGUAUUAGAACAUGUACUACAAAAUCAAUCAUCUCUUUUAGUUAUUGCAGAAGAUGUUGAUAGUGAUGCUUUAGCUACAUUAAUAGUAAAUAAAUUAAGAUUGGGAUUAAAAAUAUGUGCAGUAAAAGCACCAGGAUUUGGUGAACAUAGAAAAGCACUUGUACAUGAUAUAGCCGUUAUGACUGGUGCUAAAGUUAUUACUGAAGAAGCAGGAUUGAAAUUAGAUGACCCUGAUGUUAUUUCCUAUUUAGGUAAAGCUAAAUCUAUAAAUGUCUCUAAAGAUAAUACAUUAAUUAUGGAAGGGGAAGGUAAAAAAGAAGAAAUUAGUGAAAGAUGUGAAAGUAUUAGAAAUGCUAUUAAAAAUAAUACAUCAGAUUAUGAAAAAGAAAAAUUACAAGAACGACUAGCCAAAAUUACUGGUGGUGUUGCUUUAAUAAAAGUAGGAGGUAUAAGUGAAGUUGAAGUUAAUGAAAUUAAAGAUAGAAUACAAGAUGCAUUAUGUGCUACUAAAGCAGCUGUUGAAGAAGGUAUAGUACCAGGUGGAGGUAGUGCACUAUUGUUUGCUUCAAAAGAAUUAGAUUCGGUUCAAACUGAUAAUUAUGACCAAAGAGUCGGAGUUAAUAUAAUUAAAGAUGCUUGUAAAGCACCAAUCAAACAAAUUGCAGAAAAUGCAGGACAUGAAGGAUCUGUUGUUGCAGGAAAUAUUCUUAAAGAAAAAAAUUCAAAUAUGGGAUUUAAUGCUCAAGAAGGAAAAUAUGUAAAUAUGAUUGAAUCAGGUAUUAUUGAUCCAACCAAAGUCGUUAAAACAGCUAUUUCAGAUGCAGCUUCAAUAGCAUCUUUAUUAACAACAACUGAAGUUGCAAUUGUAGAUUCAAAAGAUGGAAAAAAUGAAGAAAUGCCAUCCCAUAUGAAUUCAGUCAACCCAAUGGGUGACAUGGGUGGCAUGUACUAA